AUGGCAACUGAGAAAGACCCUGAUGAUUUCUACUCGCACAAAUUCCCUUGUGCUUCUCAGGUAUUGGAAGAACUUCGAGAGCUAUGGGGCAUGGCCUUUCCCAUAACAGCCAUGAACUGUCUGGUGUUCGUCCGAGCCGCGGUGUCGGUAGUAUUCCUGGGCCGGCUGGGCAGCAUGGAGCUCGCCGGAGGCGCCCUGUCCAUUGGUUUCACCAACAUCACCGGUUACUCUGUUAUGGUGGGUCUCGCCUCUGGCCUCGAACCCGUUUGCAGCCAAGCCUACGGCAACAAGAACUGGGACCUCCUCACUCGGUCCCUGCAGCGCAUGGUGCUCAUCCUCGUCCUCGCAACAAUACCCAUCGCCGUGCUGUGGCUCAAUCUCGAGAGGAUCAUGGUUUUCGCGGGGCAAGACAGAGCCAUCACCGCCAUGGCUGCAACUUACUGCCUCUACUCCCUCCCGGACCUGUUAACGAAUACGUUGCUGCAGCCGCUGCGGGUGUUCCUGAGGUCGCAGAAGGUGACGAAGCCGCAGAUGUACUGCACCCUGGUGGCAGUGGCCUUCCACGUGCCGCUGAAUCUUGUCCUGGUGAAGCAAAUGGGGCUGGGAGUCCCCGGGGUGGCGGUGGCGUCGGUGCUCACGAAUCUCAACAUGGUGGUGCUCAUGGCGGGGUACGUGUGGUGGGGGAAGGGAAUGACGGUGUUGAGAUGGACGGCUGGGAUUGGAGAGGUGUUUGGUGGACUUGGCCCACUGUUGAAGCUGGCGGUGCCGAGCUGCUUGGGUAUAUGUUUGGAGUGGUGGUGGUAUGAGAUUGUGACAAUCAUGGCCGGCUAUUUGCCCAACCCAACUCUGGCUGUCGCCGCCACCGGGAUUCUUAUUCAGACCACCUCUAUGAUGUACACUGUCCCCAUGGCACUGGCUGGCUGUGUUUCUGCCAGAGUUGGGAACGAACUCGGAGCUGGGAAGCCAUACAAGGCCAAGCUUGCAGCGAUGGUUGCUUUGGGAUGUGCAUUUGUGAUCGGCGUCAUCAAUGUGACAUGGACGGUGAUUCUUAGAGAGAGGUGGGCUGGCCUGUUCACCAAGGACGAGCUCGUCAAAGUUUUGGUUGCAUCAGUUAUGCCAAUUAUGGGGCUUUGUGAGUUAGGUAACUGCCCCCAAACUACUGGUUGCGGCAUCCUACGCGGCACCGCACGCCCUGCCGUAGGUGCCCGUAUCAACUUAGGUUCCUUCUACUUUGUGGGUACACCUGUAGCUGUUGGACUUGCUUUCUGGCUCAAGAUUGGGUUUGCAGGACUUUGGUUUGGUCUGUUGUCUGCACAGGUAGCUUGUGCUGUGUCUAUUCUCUAUGUUGUGCUGGUGAAGACUGAUUGGGAGGCUGAGGCUUUGAAGGCCAAGAUGCUGACUGGUGUAGAAAUGGGUGUAUGCAAUGAGAAAGAUGAUGAAGAAAACACAGGCUUAUUGAAGAAUGAAAACCGUCAUCAUGAUCAGAAUAACAUAUAUCAAUGAAUUCAUUUAGACUUGUGAUGAGAGACGAAGAGAGAGACCUCUGUUGUGUAGUUCCGUUGUUCAAGGCUCAUGAACUGAUCACUGAUGGAAGCAGCGAUGCUAAGG